AUGUGCUCCUCCUGUUGGAGCCUGUUCAGAUCUUUGCCUUUGCUGCUGUGUUUGGAACGAGCUGAAAGCUCUUUAAAGAGGUUUAAGGGCACGCUACAGCAGGGCGCGCUACAGCAGGGGGCGCUACAGCAGCAGGCGCUACAGCAGGAGGCGCUACAGCAGGGGGCAUUACAGCAGGGGGCGCUACAGCAGGAGGCGCUACAGCAGGAGGCGCUACAGCAGGGGGCGCUACAGCAGGGGGCGCUACAGCAGGAGGCGCUACAGCAGGGGGCAUUACAGCAGGGGGCGCUACAGCAGGAGGCGCUACAGCAGGGGGCGCUACAGCAGGAGGCGCUACAGCAGGAGGCGCUACAGCAGGGGGCAUUACAGCAGGGGGCGCUACAGCAGGAGGCGCUACAGCAGGGGGCGCUACAGCAGGGGGCGCUACAGCAGGAGGCGCUACAGCAGGGGGCGCUACAGCAGGGGGCGCUACAGCAGGAGGCGCUACAGCAGGGGGCAUUACAGCAGGGGGCGCUACAGCAGGAGGCGCUACAGCAGGGGGCGCUACAGCAGGGGGCGCUACAGCAGGAGGCGCUACAGCAGGGGGCGCUACAGCAGGGGGCGCUACAGCAGGAGGCGCUACAGCAGGGGGCGCUACAGCAGGAGGCGCUACAGCAGGGGGCGCUACAGCAGGGGGCGCUACAGCAGGAGGCGCUACAGCAGGGGGCGCUACAGCAGGGGGCGCUACAGCAGGGGGCGCUACAGCAGGGGGCAGAUCCCAGACCAGAGGUGAGGGACCAGAGACCAGAGGAGAGGAUCAGACCAGAGGUGAGGGACCAGAGACCAGAGGAGAGGAUCAAACCAGAGGAGAGGAUCAAACCAGAGGAGAGGAUCAAACCAGAGGAGAGGAUCAGACCAGAGGAGAGGGACCAGAGACCAGAGGAGAGGAUCAAACCAGAGGAGAGGAUCAAACCAGAGGAGAGGAUCAGACCAGAGGUGAGGGACCAGAGACCAGAGGAGAGGAUCAAACCAGAGGAGAGGAUCAAACCAGAGGAGAGGAUCAGACCAGAGGAGAGGGACAAGAGACCAGAGGAGAGGAUCAGACCAGAGGAGAGGAUCAGACCAGGGGAGAGGGACCAGAGGAGAGGAUCAGACCAGGGGAGAGGGACCAGAGGAGAGGAUCAGACCAGGGGAGAGGGACCAGAGGAGAGGAUCAGAGGAGAGGAUCAGACCAGGGGAGAGGGACCAGAGGAGAGGACCAGAGGAGCAGAAUGGAACAGGACCAUAGACUGUAGGAGUGGACUCAGAUCUGAACAGCAACAUCACAUCAGUAAAAUUAGUCCUGAGGAGAGGAUCAGACCAGAGGUGAGGGACCAGAGACCAGAGGAGAGGAUCAGACCAGAGGAGAGGGACCAGAGACCAGAGGAGAGGAUCAAACCAGAGGAGAGGAUCAAACCAGAGGAGAGGAUCAAACCAGAGGAGAGGAUCAGACCAGAGGAGAGGGACCAGAGACCAGAGGAGAGGAUCAAACCAGAGGAGAGGAUCAGACCAGAGGUGAGGGACCAGAGACCAGAGGAGAGGAUCAGACCAGAGGUGAGGGACCAGAGACCAGAGGAGAGGAUCAAACCAGAGGAGAGGAUCAAACCAGAGGAGAGGAUCAAACCAGAGGAGAGGAUCAGACCAGAGGAGAGGGACCAGAGACCAGAGGAGAGGAUCAAACCAGAGGAGAGGAUCAGACCAGAGGAGAGGAUCAGACCAGAGGAGAGGGACCAGAGACCAGAGGAGAGGAUCAGACCAGAGGAGAGGAUCAGACCAGGGGAGAGGGACCAGAGGAGAGGAUCAGACCAGGGGAGAGGGACCAGAGGAGAGGAUCAGACCAGGGGAGAGGGACCAGAGGAGAGGAUCAGAGGAGAGGAUCAGACCAGGGGAGAGGGACCAGAGGAGAGGACCAGAGGAGCAGAAUGGAACAGGACCAUAGACUGUAGGAGUGGACUCAGAUCUGAACAGCAACAUCACAUCAGUAAAAUUAGUCCUGGUCUCACCAAAAACACACUCCUUCUCAAAGAGUUCUCAAAGCGGGAAGCAGCAGGAGAGCAGUAG